AUGCAUACUCAUCGCAGUGGUGGAGCUGGGCCUAAGAUAGUGCACCGUAAGGCCUUGCGUGAAGCUCGGGCCCAAGAACUUCCAAACAACACAAUCCGUUUCUCUUCAAAACUAAACUCCAUCGAAGUACAAAAACAAGAAGGCUAUUCCAUAGCUGUUCUCCAUUUGGAAGAUGGAACUGCCAUCAAAACAAAGGUAAUUGAAAUUAACAUUAGCUUGGGUCAUCUCAAGGCCCAUGAAUGCAUAGUUGGUGGGAAGAUAAGUGCACGAUGGUGA